UGCAUUUUUUCCGUUCAAACGUGCUACAUUCUUCGGUAUCGGGACUAAAAAUAGAGAAUCUUGCUGUGGUUCCUGUGGGCUAAAAAUAGUGAAGAACGGCAAAGGUGUUUUCGGACCAGCGGCGCACGCUGUUUGACUACAAAUUAGUAGUCACCUUGCGGUUGCCAUGGUUUCCUGCGCCGUUUACUUCCCGGGGGCGGUCUUUGCGUGCUGAUGAAGUACGCAAUAGCGAAGCGACAAAUUCUGUGUAAAAGAACUGUGCUGAGCGUGUGCUGCGACUAUGCGCCUUGAUGCGUUGGUAGCCUGGUAUCAGAAGAAGAUCGGCACGUACGACAAGCAGCAAUGGGAGAAGACGAUCGAGCAGAAGAUCCUGGCCGGCCUCAGCCAUCUGCCGCUGAAAAACACAAAGCUCAAAACCGAACUCAUCGAUGUCGAUCUGGUGCGGGGUUCCACCUUCCCGAAGGCUAAAUCGAAGCUGUCCAUCCUGAAGGUGCUCUAUUUGGCGGCACUGCGCUGCUUCCUGCUGCCAGUCUAUGCCCGCUGGUGGGUUCAGCAGACUUCGCCCGGUGUCUUUCUGCUGCUGCUUCUGCUUUACCUGCUGCAGAUGCUUAACCUUGGCAUCUACAGCUACCGGUCGCGAUCCGUCGGUGGGAGCCAGGAGUCGGAGCAGGUCGAACAUAUCGUAACGAUGGCGGACUUUUUGAUUCCUCUAGCGCUGAGCUUGCUACUAAGUGUGAUUCACUCGCAGAUAGUGGCCACAGCAUCAAACAACAACAAUAACAGCAGCAGCAGCGAAAACGGAUCGUCCGUGUUCUCAUGUAGCGCGCUUUCUCGAAAGUGCCAUUCGCAUGUUUCAGCACCGGCGACACAAACUGGAACCGGGUCGCCUAUCUCGUCACUUGGCUUAAACGCUACGGCUAAGCGUCAGCGCGAGCAGCGAGUGCGACGCAAGCGGCGUGUACGAGCGCAUUCCGAAACUGCACAAUCGUCCGCCAGCAAAACGCCUUCGGAGGAACGUAGCGCGAGAAAAGCGUUCGCCAGUGUCGGUGGGUCCAAGUCGGCCACCAGUUCACCUGCUCGGACUGCCCCGAAGAAAGGAGCCUGCAGUACCAGCAGCAGCACUAGCAGUGAAGCAGCGGAAAAGAAGCAGUUGGUAGCCGCCUCAAGUCGAUCGAAGUCGGCUUUGCUUGAGUCACCAUCACAACCAGCACGACCGAAUCGCAAUGAAGAGCCUACCUCUACAGCCAGUAUAAGCCCUUCACCGAAGAGUAUUGCAGCAUUAAAUGAGAACGACGAGGGCAAAAUUGUUCCUUCCCUGCACGUGACUGAAUCCUCCGACCCAGUUGCGGCUAGUGGCCAUGCAACACCAAGCAACACGGCUGUUCCGUCUAGGCCUUCAACGGAUCAAGUGGCGGAGGAAAUGCUCCUUCUUCCGGUUGGGUUACGUCGUCGCAACGUAAACUGGGAUCCGACAGUACCGGAGCGUGUGCAUGCGGGACCGUCAUCGAUGGAACCGGUCGUGGAUGAUGAUGGUUUUGAGAGUUUAAAUGGUAAAAGUUCGGGUGGAGAGGAGAGCACUGGUCAUGCAUUCGGCAAGGAGAAACCUUUCUUUCAGCGAAAGUUCCCUUUCACCAGCGAUUGGAUCCAUGGCAACGGUGUGGUGAUCGACCCAAAAGAUCAUCAGCAACUGUCCGACUCGGAUACGGAUACGUUAAAGAACAGCAACACUGGUCAUAGUUCACCGAUUGCAGGACACACGAGAUCUUCAGCCGAUCGUGCCAUGGACCAACAGAUGCAUCGAUCGAUCGACCAGCUACAUCACAUUCAAGCUCCACCGACAGAGGGGCUAGCUCAGGAUGCAGGAUCAUCGCUUGUUGUGUCUGGUUGCUAUACCAACGAGAGGCAGCGCCUAUCGGAAUCAGCGAACCGUCGACCGAAGGACUCAAGUAAGCAUUCGUUGACAGUGUCCCCGAUGGGAGACGUUUGUAUGUCAUCGGUGUCAUCACGUGACGAGAAGCUUGUAACGAGCGGUAGCGAUACGGAUGAGGAGAACGAGUACGAUUUACAUUCACCGUCGCCACCGCACAUGCACUCACCAGCGCUCCGCCAUCAUCUACGCCAGCAGCAACAACAUCAGCAACACCAGCAGCAGCAUCAGCAGCAGCCACAAUCCACAUCGCAAACGCAUCAUCUGCUUCAUCUUCACCAGCGUCAUACACCCAUGCCGUUACACUCUCAUACCGGUUCCACUGGACACCACACUGUUCAUGCCCAUCAGCAUGCCCACUUUCACCAACAGCCGCCGACAGUGCUGAGCGAAGGCGACGAAUGUAGUCUUAGCUCGGAGUUGGACCAUUCCGACACUCAGAACGAACACUCGGAUGACGACUAUGAGCUCGAAGAUGCACCAACUAUCAUCCUCAAUCCUUCGUGUGGUUCUACGGAUCGGGUUAGCUGCACCAUCUGGGACGCUCGGGAAGCGAAGAAAGCGGAAAUGUCUGUGCUGGACAUAUCGUCUGCUAUCAUUGAGCGCGUAGAGGGUAUGCCCGAGUCGUGUGAUUACGUGUAUAUCGGUGCCGUGUUGAGCGUGGUCCUAUCGCUCGUUCCUGCCUUCUGCCGUUUGUGUGAGGCGACAGUCGACUCCACGAAUUCUACCGAGGUCAACUUCCUGCACAUGCCGGUUAUUCUGCUGGAGAAAGCAUCCUUUUCGCUGUUGGCUAUCCUGCGGUUCGCAUUCGGUAACACCGCCUGGGAGCGGUUCGUCCUACUGCUGAGCUUCUCGCUGCGCCUGAUUCUAACCUUUCUGGUGUUCUUUCUGCUGGCCGUUGCCGAGCGCACGUUCAAGCAACGGUUUCUGUACGCGAAACUGUUCUCUCAUCUGACUUCGUCACGCCGAGCACAAAAGUCAGCCAUCCCACACUUUCGGUUGAACAAAGUGCGUAACAUCAAGACGUGGCUGUGCGUACGCUCCUAUCUGAAGCGCCGUGGGCCGCAAAACUCGGUCGAUGUGAUCGUCUCAGCGGUGUUUGUUAUCACGCUGUUACUGCUGGCGUUUCUUAGCGUUGAAUGGCUGAAGGACUCGGUCCAUCUACACUCUCAGUUCAAUCUGGAGGCACUGGCGUGGUCCUGUGCGUUUGGUACGUUUUUGCUGCGCUUCAUGACACUCGGUACGAAGAUCAACAAAAAGUAUAAAAGCGUAUCGGUACUCAUCACGGAGCAAAUCAAUCUCUACGUUCAGAUUGAACAGAAACCCAACAAAAAGGAGGAACUGAUGAUAUCCAAUAAUGUACUCAAGCUUGCAGCAGAUCUCCUUAAGGAGCUAGAAUCUCCGUUCAAAAUAUCAGGUCUCAGCGCGAACCCGUAUCUCUACACCACCGUCAAGGUGGUGAUCCUGUCGGCGCUUUCCGGUGUGCUCAGCGAAAUGCUAGGUUUCAAGUUGAAGCUACACAAAAUUAAGAUAAAGUAGGCACAACAGUAGUAGGCUGAUUCACCAUGAUGCCACUUGUUCGUGUGUGAUCUUAUUGUAUUUCCUAACCUCAAAAGCGUCGUCUCACCACCGCUGCUGAGAUGUACUGAUGAUCUGUUCGCUGUUUAGAGAACCCGUUUGCCUAAUCUAGCGUAUACUAGCGUAACACUCAUGACCUGAUGGAGCACCUGUCGAUCCUCAAUGUUGGCGUCGAAUAAUCGACACCCCUAUACUUCCCUUCUCCUGAGCCUCCUCCUCCUACUCCUCCUUCUCUUUGUGAGAUGCAAAUGAUAAUGGCUGAGUAGUUGCAAACUGCUGCUGGUAAAACAAUUAUACAGGGUAUAGGCGAGACAUUCACUAGACACCUGCGAUCCGUUGAUCGACGCGUUUGUGUAUAGCUGAGCGUUGCGUCGUAGUUGCCAGGCCGUACACAGUACGGACAGGGUAGCGAACAAGCCGUUAGAACUGACACAUAAUAGUAGUUUAUUUUUCUAUAGACACUUGCAUGUUAGCCUUAGAGAGAUUUUAUCAUUGCUCCCCGAACACUAGCAUUGUGGUCGUUGCGAAGUUUGGACUAUUACUUGUGCACACCAUUUUAGAAAUGGGAAGAUCAUGGUGGUUGAUGGUUGUUACGUCGUACAAUGUUGUGCAUUUAUGUAGCCUGGCAGAAAGGGGUAGCACUGUUAGGAAUGGUUCGAAAACCAAUGGCUGACCAAUUGGCCAAUCUCAUCUUGCCUGCAUCGGGCGCUGACUGGCUGCCGAAUGAAUCUGUGUUUUGAAACUUUAGCUGAUGAUAAUUAGGAGAGAGGAUAGAGAAUAUUUAGUAGCAAUACCAGGGUUAAAUCUAUUUAAAGCUAUAGAAAUAAAAGUUAAUACAUCUUUAGAAAGCAAA